AUGGAUACCUCAGAAAUGUUGACUCUGGAGGUAUUUGUUGGCGAUGCAGGUGAGGAGCGCACAGUGAAGGUGGCGAAGGGGGAGUUUCUGCGUGAUGCGCUGACGGCCAGGCAGCAGCACGGUCCCUUCUGCAGGCUGGCAAAAAGCUUCACUGACCCCAUUCUCUGCUGGAUUUUCCCUACUGAUAUGCCAAGACAAACAAAAGGGCGCUCUGGACCAUCCGAAACAGUGGAGGUAGCUGCAGUUGUCUCAGAUCUGAGGGUGACCCCUCUUCCCACGUUUCUCCUGCUAGUGAUGCAGAGACCUGGAGCUUUGCGUUUUGCUUCAUGGAUCACAGGGACUGGAGUUCUGUGUUUAACCUUCUUCCAGUUAGCAGACUCUGAGUCGGACUGUGAGCUUGGCGAGAGGUGCAUCAGGCAGAGCGAUGAAAACUUUAGCAGCUGGUAUGUGUGGUUCCUGAUGUUGUUUUUCCUGGCCUUGCUCCUGUCCUGCGGGAUCUGCUGCUGCUUGCAGUGCUGGCGGAGCUGCCUUCCCCGCCGACGCACCCUGGCUGUCUUUGCGCUCAGCAGCUCGGAUGCCUUUUGCGCAAGCGAAGCACCUCAGUGCCCAUUCUCUGGAUGUCCGAGCCCCUGCAUGACUGCAGAGAUGUCUUCUUCUCCUGCCCCACGGUUCAGCCUUGGGGGAACUGAGUUGCCUCCAUCCUAUGAAGAUAUUAUGAAGGAAAACAAGCUCUAG